AUGGAAACUAUUCCAGGAUUUGAAGUACCCAAUGUGGACCAGAAUGUGCGACAAAAUGUUAUGCAAGAGCAAGUAAACAGUUACGUUAUGUCUAAGCAUGUCAAAAUAUUAUUCAUGCCCAAUCCACUGAGAAAGCCGUUAAAGGAAAUUGUGAAGAAAUUCAUAUGCGACGUGGUAAAGUAUGACAACAAAGACGACAUAGCUCCUAUGGCUUGGUACCGGAGCUCAGGACAUAGUGGGGAUAUAACCACUUUUAGAGCAGAAGUUUCUUUUCCCUUUUGGGAGCAUUUUAUUGCCAAAGGUAGGAACAAUUUGUCGAACUUCAAUAAAGCGAAUAAUACCAAAAUAAAGCUGGUUAGGUGCCAGACAUUGAAAAGAGCAGAUAUCGAAAACUUAACUUUAUACCUUCGCCAAAAGAUUCGAAUCUACUGCAUCGAAAAGAAUAUAGUACCGCCAGACAUGUCAGCGAAUGGGGCUUUUUUAACGAUUAAGGACAAAAGGACGAACAAUACAUUGGCAGAAGUUUCUUUUCCCUUUUGGGAGCAUUUUAUUGCCAAAGGUAGGAACAAUUUGUCGAACUUCAAUAAAGCGAAUAAUACCAAAAUAAAGCUGGUUAGGUGCCAGACAUUGAAAAGAGCAGAUAUCGAAAACUUAACUUUAUACCUUCGCCAAAAGAUUCGAAUCUACUGCAUCGAAAAGAAUAUAGUACCGCCAGACAUGUCAGCGAAUGGGGCUUUUUUAACGAUUAAGGACAAAAGGACGAACAAUACAUUGAAAUUCAAAUCUACAGUUCUUGCAAUAACCUUGGGGUGGGAGUACAAUGACUGGCACGGUAAUGCCAUAAAAACUCUGAUGACACCUUCUGAACUAAAAAAUUACCAGGACGGUAAAAUCAAAUGGCGUUCUUUAAAGCUGGAAAACAUACUACAAGGUGCGACUGAACCUACUACGAUAAGAAGACCAUCAAUAUCGUACGAAGAUGGAAAAAUAGGAAGAAAAAGGGAGGUUGAAAAUAAAGCUGAGCCCAUGAAAAAGAAGCCUCGUCAUGAAAAAGACGGAGAAGAACCUAUCGAUGUCAAUGUUGAAAUGGUUAGCCAAUAA